AUCAGAUCGAUCAAAGAAAGGAAAAAAAAAACUCAAAACACCUUUACUAAAAAAAAAACACAAAAAAGGAGAGGAAAAAAAGUGUUGAAUAUGACUAUCAAGAAACAACUAAGAUCCAUCAGUUUACCUUCAAGAUCACAUCCGAGCACGGCAGGGAUCGAGGAAGCUCUUAACAAGGUUAAAGCGAUUAACACCACGGCGGGUUCUUCAGAAUCAAUCUUGACGGCGUUGGCUGGUUUGGAGGAGCUCUAUAAUUGUACGGAGGAGUUUCUUAAAAUGGGUUCGACUCAGCGUGUUAUGUCCUCGGAUGGAUCAGAGUUUAUGGAGGAGAUGCUCGAUGGGUCUUUAAGGCUAAUGGAUAUAUGCAAUAUCUCUAGAGACCUCAUGGUGGAGACUCACGAACAUGUUCGUGGUGUUCAGUCGUGUGUCAGACGCAAGAAAGUAGCCGGAGGAGGAACUGAUCAACUCGAUGUGGCUGUCUCUGGCUAUGUCAGAUUUAGAAAGAACAUGAGAAAAGAAACUAAGAAGCUUCUUGGAUCCUUGAAGAAAUUUGAUGGAGAGUCAUGUUCAUCGUCGUCGGGGGUAAGUGAUGGCCAACAAGAUGAACAUCUUGCGGCGGUUAUAGAUGCGAUGAGACGAGUAGUUUCAGUUAGCGUGUCGGUGUUGAAGUCGUUCUUGGAGUUCUUGUCGGGACGACAAAGUAACAUUAAGAGCAAGUUGACUUCGGUACUAAAGAAAAAGAAGGUUCAUCAUGAGGGGACGAAGAACGAGUUGGAGAGUUUGGAUUCAUCGAUAUGCUGCUCUCGUGAUGACCUACAAAAGAGGCUUGAAGAGGUCGAGAUGAGCAUUGACGGAUUCGAGAAGUAUCUAGAAGGUUUAUUUCGAAGGUUGAUAAGAACACGAGCCUCGCUUCUUAACAUAAUCUCUCAUUAAAUUCUAAAUUAUGCAUGUAAAGUUGUAACCUUCGUAGGCAUUCGACUUUAGAGAAUUUGCCCGGCGGCUACAUUAGUUACACUAAUAUUUUGUACACUAAUCAAACAGAUAAAUGUAGAAAAUUAAACACAUUUUGUAAAAAUAGAUACAAUAUUGCAGUUAUAUAUACAAGCCUUCGUGUGAAAAAAUGCCAUGGAACGAUGAAAAAAAAUUCAAAUGACAACACCAAUUUCUUGAUAUUAAAAAUUUAAAUUGGAAUUCGCUUAGAACGGUAUUAUAUCACAUUUUCCAGAACUAUAAAAUCUAAGGAUUAUAUCAAAAUUGUACUAAAAAUCUACAACAACAUAUCAAAAAUAGCAGCCCGAUUUAAUAUUUAAAAUAAAGUUUAUAGCCUAAAAUUUACAAUCAAAAUGUAGCAAAAACGUAGUUAUACAGGAAAAACUAGUUUCAACCUACCAGAAUUCAUGAUAUUCUUAUGUCAAAAUAAUUUUUUAAAAAUUAAAGUGGAUUCAGACCAUGCAAUGAACAUGGCCCACAAACAAUGCUAGCACAAUUAUUGAUGUAUAUAUAUGAUUUCAGUUCUCAAUUUCCGGUUCAUUUCGACUGAAGAAACCAAGUUAUAUAUGGCUUACCAUUUCAUAUAAUUUUCGGUUUUUAAUUGGAUCCAACGGACGCAACCUUCAAAUGAAAAGGCGGGAGAGACCAAUAGAGAGAUAUAGACAUUAGACACAGGAAGAGGUAACGGUCAUAACCGUCAUGUGAUCAAAGAAACUAUAUAAACAACAUUUCGGUCUCAGUAAAACUUAUUACUCUCAACAAAGUCAAAAUCAUGAGUGAUCCCGAGAAAACAAAAGUGAACACUGAGGAAAAAAUUAAUGAAAAUUCUGAUGAAAGUGAUUACCUCUGGAGCGAUGAAGAAGAAGAAGGGGAGAUGCGCGAAAUCGUUCUCGCCCUUCCCGCACUGAGUCUUAGUGAUCCGGAUGAAAUAACCCGUCAAAAAGCUGUCGCUGCGGCUGACUUGUUGGUUGCUGCCGCUCAAGAAGCGGCGGUGACUAAAGGCAACAUGGAUCAACAAGGGUUUGGUGGAAGUGGUGAAACAGCUAAGAAGGAAAAGUCUCGUCGUCCAAGGACGGUUAUGUUGGACGACUUGGCAGAUGUGGCCGGCGCGUCCGGUUCUAAAGCCACCGUGUCUGCUGGAGAAGAAGAGCCGGCAAAGAAGCCUAAGAAGAAAGGUUCUCCUAAGUUGAUCAACCCACCUGAAGGUCCUCCUAAAUGUAACGUUUGCGGGAGAAGUUUUCUUUCUUGGAAAGCUGUCUUCGGCCACUUACGGUCUCAUAGAGACCGUGGUUACUCUGGCUUCUUACCUCCCCCCACAUUUAAUGCGGCCGUGAAAGCAUCUGGCGGGGAUGUUGCUGCUUCUUGCGGUGAUGGAGGGCUUGGUUUAGGCACUGGAGGGUUAAAUAUUGAUUUAAACGUUGACCCAAUUGAUGAGGUGGAGGAAUGUGGAACUGGGUCUACUCCAAAGUUUGAUCUCAACAGGUCACCGCCACAAGACGAGGAAGAUGCGAAAGAGGACAAAGCCGAGUGAAGGCUCUGCGUGGCCUAAAACAUUUGCAUUUUCUAUUUUCUUGCUUAAUUUAAGUUUCUGCAUGUGUGUUCGCAUGCAAACAUUAUUCUUCCUUGUCCACAUUGUUUUCUUCGGUUUGUUUCGUUGAAGUAACUACACAAUAACUACAUUCGUAUGGAUUUUUUUUUCUAAGAACCACAUUAUUCA